GACUGCUGUCAGCUGACCUAACAUGGCUGGGACCAGGCUGCCUUGUUCGUACUUGCAUAUCCGAGGCUGCUGCUGCAUUUGGAUAAGAGGAGGAUGCAUUGUGUAUGGAAAAUGAAGAUAUCUGGAUGUUAGUCACAGUUUUUGUCAAACAUGGAGUGGCUGUCAGCAGCUGUGAAUAAAGAGCUGAACAUUGACCUAAAACAGAUUAUAGCUAGUCAGGGGGGAACCCAUGUAGUUGCUCUUGUGUCUCAGAAAUGGCUAGCAAGCCUGAGAGAACGUAGAUCAGUCCCUGUGCAGUGUCCAAAACCAGAGGGGUUCAGCCAUUUUGAAAUAAAAACCUUUUUGCAGCGGUCUGUGGCAAAGCUGCCUGCUGGUUGGACAAGAAUUGAAAUCCAUGGACUAAGGAAAGAGAGACUAGCUUACCCAAUUUCAAUAAAUAAUGUCUUCCUGCAUGGAAAGAAUGGUGGUUUAGAAUCACUGUUCUGCUUCAUGCAGAAUGUUUCUGUCCAUAAUUAUAAGAAUGGCUGGAGCAAAGCACAUAGGACAUAUGUACAACCAUAUGGGAGUGCAAAUAAAGUGCCAAGUAUGCAAGCCAUGGAUGCACUAAAACUGUCUCUGCAAAAAGUUUACGGUACCUCUUUUAUUUUAAUCAAUAAGGCGGUGGCAAGUUUAUCUCCUUCAAAAGAGGGUACCAAUUUUGUAGCUGGGUUCCCAUCCUGUCCAAACAUUGUGCCAGCCGAAGCUCUGCUGGAAUCAUCUGAUAUGUUGUAUAUCAUUUUACCUUACCUACAGUAUUCUUUAAAUGAUGUGGUUACAUUCAGCCCGGCUAAACUUGCCAACAGCCAUGCCAAAGCACUGUUUAUCAUUUACAAUAUUCUGCAGGCUCUAAAAGCUUGUCAUGAAGGGGGUUUAUCCUGUGGAGCACUUUCUUUGUGCAAUGUGGCUGUUGAUGAGAAGUUAUGUAGCCAGGUAAAACCCAACUUUAGUGAUUAUGAAAGACAGAUUGACAAUACAUUAAACAACUUGAAAGAUUCAGAACGAAAAACUAUAAAGGGCAAAGAUAAAGGGAGAACUGCUAGACUGUGUGCUUUAUGUAACAAAGAGCUGAAAGAGCUGGUAAUCAGCUGGGUGCAUGGAAGAAUAAGCAACUUUGACUAUCUUAUGUAUUUGAACAAGUUGGCUGGCAGAAGAGAGGGUGAUCCAAAUUACCAUCCUGUGUUGCCAUGGGUGGUUGAUUUCACUACAAAGAAUGGAAAGUUUAGAGACUUAAGAAAAUCAAAAUUUCGAUUAAACAAAGGAGACAAGCAACUGGAAUUUACCUAUGAGAUGACCAAGCAGGCAUUUGUAGCUGGCGGGAGCAGUUCAGAACAGCUGCAUGUUCCUCACCAUAUCUCCGAUGUGCUCUCCGACAUCACAUACUAUGUAUACAAGGCAAGGAGGACUCCAAAGAUUGUGUUGUGCAAUCAUGUGCGGUCUCAGUGGGAACCUAAUGAAUACCCUGCAAGCAUGGAACGCAUGCAAGGCUGGACACCAGAUGAAUGCAUUCCAGAGUUUUACACAGAUCCCACAAUAUUCAAGUCUAUUCACCCUGAUAUGCCGGAUCUUGACAUACCAUCUUGGUGUAGCUCAUAUGAGGACUUUAUACAUGUUCACCGUUCACUUCUGGAAAGUAGAGAUGUUUCUCAAGACCUUCACCACUGGAUUGAUCUCACCUUUGGUUACAAACUGACUGGAAAAAAUGCAGUCAGGGAAAAAAAUGUAUGCCUUCACUUAGUAGAUAAUCAUACAAACCUCACUUGUUAUGGAGUUGUUCAACUGUUUGAACAGCCACACCCUAAACGCUUACUAGGUCCUGGUUUUUCUUUAUUUGAUGCUCCUACCAUACUUUCAUCUAACCUUGGCACAAAUGAGAUGGCUGUGUGUGAAGAUAAAAAUCUUACUAAUGGAGUCAGUGGACUAGUAGUAGAGGCCACUGCUAGUGAGACAGUUUGGCCAGCUGAUAAAGCUUGUACUGGGGAUGAUGAUUUAGAGCAAGGAACAGAGGCCCUUGAUGCCUUAGGAAUAGCAGGCAAAGUCAAUGAUCAGGCCUGUAUACCUUCUCUUCAGGUAUCCAGUACUAGCUCCUUACCAGCAGAAAACAGAGCUCCUGUUUGGCCAAACCGACAAAACAAACUUGUUUCUAAUAUUGAAGAAAAUAAUGGGAAGAUAAUUCUUCCUGAUGGCUUUAAUCCUAUACAAGCACUGGAAGAGCUGGAGAAACUAGACAACUUUUUAGUUCGAGGCCUACACAGUACUAUACUACCAGUGGAUAAAACUAGAAAAAGCCUUCCUCUUAGUCUUCUAGAUUUUUUUGAACGAGAUAUCCAAGCAUUAGGUGUUAUGAUUGCAGAGAUGGUGUUUGCACCAAGAAUUCAAAGCUCUGUGCCAAAAACAUCAUUAAUGGAGCGAUAUCUUCUAGUGCGUAACCUGUGUAAACAUCAUAUAAAGGACAUUCCAGCUCCGAUUUUGCAAAUGUUAGAAUCAUUAUUACAGCUUCACACACCAGAAGACGUUCUACUGAAAGGUAUGGAUACAGGGCACUGCAUCCAACUCUUUGAAUUCCCACACAUUUCUAAAGGACUUCCUCCGCCUUGUCCUUCACAGCUCCUUAGUCCUUUCUGCUCCACCAUCCCGUUCCCGACAUACUUUCCAAAUCUACAUAAAUUUAUCCAAAGCUACCAGUCAAGGAAAAUUGGUGAUGAAAGUCAAGGUCGUGAACUUGUUUUUCAGCUGUGGCAGCAGUUAGAUGGUAUUCUCUGUGAUAUUACCCCUGAAGGAUUAGAAAUACUUCUUCCGUUUGUUCUGUCUAUUAUGACCGAUGAAAGCACAGCAGUGUAUGCUGCCUGGUACCUUUUUGAGCCUGUAGCCAAAGCUUUGGGGCCAAAAAAUGCAAGCAAGUAUUUAUUGAAGCCACUUAUUGGUGCAUAUGAAAAUCCUUCCUACCUUCAUGGAAGGUUUUAUCUUUAUACAGAUUGCUUUGUGGCACAGUUAAUUGUCCGUCUGGGCUUGCAAACGUUCCUUUCCAAUCUGCUUAAUCAUGUGCUGCAGAUACUUGUUGGAGUAGAGAGCACAGGUGAUGAAUGCAAGUUGUCUGGAACGGCGGAAGAUGAGGAGAGUGGAGGAGACAGUCCAGUCUCUGGUAAUUUUGGUGAAGGAAGACCAAAUAGUGUUGAUCAUGGAUCAACUCAUGAACUACUAGACUACACUUCUGGUGUGAGCUUCCAUGAUCAAGUUUAUCUAGCUGAAAAUGAGGAUUUUCAGAAUGGCCUGUUUGUUAGCGAUGCCCUUCAACCCUGUGAAUCAGAGUCUGUCAGCUUGGGGAGGUUAAGUGACAAGAGCAGUGCGAGUGAGGUCUCACUGGGAGAUGAAAAAGCCACUGACAGUGAUUCUGGUAAGGAAAAAACAAGCUUGAAGUCUGGAGACAGCAGCCAGGAUUUAAAGCAAAGCGAGGAAUCUGAGGAAGAAGAGGAAGUUGACUCUUCCCCAGGUCUCUCUGAACUUACAUUGUCAGUCAACACAGAUGCUUCUGUAGAUACCGUUCUUGCUAGUGAUGAUCAAGAUCUGGAGGAAGAAGAACAAGAUCUAAAUAAUCAAACUGAAGGAAAAGAGCAAAAAAUUCUAAUAGAUACUGCCUCUAAGAUGGUGAGGUGGCUCUCCGCCAAACUUGGUCCAACGGUGACCUCUCGCUCCAUUGCCAGGAAUCUGCUGAGACUGCUUACUUCCUGUUAUGUUGGUCAACAGAGACAACAGUUUCUACCUAUGGAAGAGACCAGCCUGUUAAAUGUUAAGAAACCCGUUUUUGGGGACCACUUGUCAAAGCCAGUGUUGGACUGCUUGAUGCACAUGGCCCACCUUUAUGGGGAACCGUUCCUGACCUAUCAGUAUCUACCGUACAUCAGCUAUCUGGUAUCUCCCAGCAGUGGUUGCAGACUAAAUAGCCGUAAGGAAGCUGGGCUACUUGCUGCUGUGACUCUGACACAGAAAAUUAUUAUCUUCCUAUCUGAUACCACCCUGAUGGACAUUCUACCUAAAAUUAAUCAAGAUGUUCUUCUGCCAGUUUUGGGUUUCCUGACCUCUACAACGUCUGGGUUCCCCAAUGGUGCACAAGCACGCAUAGCACUUUGUGUAAAAAGCAGCAGUCUUAUCUCUCUAAUCUGUCUGAGGAUAGGACGGGAGAUGGUCCAGCAGCAUCUUAGUAACACCCUGCAAAUCUUCUUCAGAAACUUCACAUUAAUGCAAGAACUUUAUGAACAGGGCUUGGUUGCAGAAUGCCCGAAUAACUUGGAGCAGUCAGUACAAACCGUGCAAUGCAAGGAUGGGAAAACGGCAACUGUUGAUCUUGCUUUACUUGAGGAGCUGGACAAAGUGUACAACUCAGAAAUGGCUUAUGCUACCUACAUUCCAUUCUCCUGCCUGAUAGGUGAGGCCAUAGGACAGAUGGUCCCAAACCAUGAUUUGCUUUCAAAGAUGACAAUGGCCUUUCAGGAAGUUGUAAUUCCAAAAGAACUGGGCAGUAAUUUGAGACCACUGGAGAGCAGUACAAGAGGAACUCCACCUCUCUAUAGUGCUGAGGAGGAUAGCCAAUCUGGCACGUUUGGCAGUGUCAUGGUUGGGAACCGUAUUCAGGUACCCAAAGAUAUCCAGUAUCCUGUGUCCAAGUCGGCCUGCCUCAGUCCAGUGAUGGAGAACUUUCAAUGUGAUGACAAUAGUUUUAAGCAGAACCUUCAAAGAAGUGCCCAUGGGCUGUGUGGCAAUUGGCUGGCAUACUGGCAGUAUGAGAUUGGUGUCAGCCAGCAGGAACCUCACUUCUACUUUCAUCAGAUCAAGCUCCAGAGUUUUGUGGGGCACUCAGGGGCCAUCAAAUGUCUAAAGCCACUGAGUGGUGAAGAUUUCUUUCUUAGUGGCAGCAGGGACAAAACCGUACGCCUGUGGCCUUUGUAUAACUAUGGUGACGGCACCAGAGAUAUUGAGCCACGUCUGACCUACUUAGAGCACAAGAAGCCGGUCUUCUAUGUGGGUCAGCUGGAGUCUGUACAGCAGGUAGUGAGCUGUGAUGGGACUGUCUGCAUUUGGGACCAGUAUACAGGUAAAACCAUCAGGACUUAUGAAGCUGGGGAUACCAAAGUGCCUAUUACUGCCGUAGCAGCAAUGCCACCUCCUUACUGCAGUGUGACAGUUGGCAGCUCUGACUCAGUCCUUCGCUUUAUUGACAUCAGAAAACCAGGACUACAGCAUGAAUUUAAGCUAGCAAGUAAUGUCAAUGUGGGACUUAUCCGAUACUUGGCUGUAAGCCCAAAUGGACGCAGCGUUGUAGCUGGUUAUUCGUCUGGCUUCAUAAUCCUGCUGGAUACCAGGACAGGCUUAGUCCUAAGAAAAUGGCCUGCGCAUGAAGGGGACAUUUUACAUAUGAAGGCAGUUGAAGGAAACAUUGUGGUGAGUUCUUCCUCUGAUCAUUCACUCACAGUCUGGAAGGAGCUUGAACAGAAACCCUUACACCAGUUCAAAUCCAGCUCUGACCCCAUCCAUGCGUUUGAUCUGUAUGGCAAUGAAAUAGUUACUGGUUCUGGAGCAAACAAGAUUGGGAUCUACUCUCUCUUGGAUUCCUCUUCGCAACCCAACAGUACCACCAAACUAAGCUCUGAGAACUUUAAGGGAACCCUGACAAACGUGGCAGUCUUGCCCACCAAACGACUACUACUUCUGGGUUCAGACAAUGGGGCUGUUCGUCUUCUUGCUUAGAUUUAGUGAGCAGUUCACAAAACUGCAUUGUUAAAAGCCAUACGCUUGAUCCAACCAAGUAUUACAUGAACUUAUAGAAGAUGAAUAGUGAGUUGGAAAAUAAUUUUGAAAGUUACAUUUCUAGCAAUUUAGUAUUAUGAUAAUUAAUUUGCACUGACAACACUUAGCAGCAGGGGAUUAUCUAAACUCUCUAAAAUAUUAUAACAGAGAUUUUUCUCGAAUAAUACAAAUCAGACUUAGGAAAGAACUUGCAUACUUUGAAUAAGCAAUGCUAUUUUAGUAUUGAAUCGGGAAAUAAACUGGAAGACCUGCGGAAAGGUUUCCAUUACAGCUGAAUUUGCUGAUAUUUUUGCACUUGUGGAAUAAGGACUCAGUCUUCAAAAAUCAAAUUUAUAAAGUAUAUUGUAUAGAUGAAACAUGUCCUAUAAAUAUGCUGAGUGAUCGCCUUGUUGUAUAUUAUUUUAAAGAAGAUGGCCUAUGUAGUAAAAUCUAUUGUGCAAUGAAAUUAAUAAUAAGAGAUACAACCAUGUGA